AAUAUAGUAGCAUGUAACCGCAAAGUGUUGAUGAUUGUCUUCUUUAACAGGUAAAUCUAAAGGCUUAAAUAAAGUUGAGACGCAUUUUCAGUUUUCCAGUCUUAAGUAGAAACCAUUUUCUAUUGAAAAAAUUUGAUUCCACCACAGGGUUCAUUCGUCUUUCUUGCUUGGCGAAAGAGAAUAGCUUUCGAUAGUUGUUAGAAUAUCCAAACGGAAUGCAGAAUUUAAUGAAUGUAUAUAAGUCCAUCAUCAUUCUAUAGAUAUUAAUUCAAUUUAACUACACCAAUUGGUUUUAUGAUCAAAACUUCAAUGCAGUAUUGCCCAUCUUUUCAAAGGAGAGGAAAUAAGUUCAAAUCUUGAUCAAGAAGAAUCAGGUGGAAGAAUUUAAGAAGUUUUUACAAGAAUUGGAAGUUAAACAAGAAUGGGAACCGAAGGAGGCCGAAUACGUACCCAAUAAAGACAUGAGUAAAUUAUUCAUUGUCUUUGAAACCCAGGAAGAUGCCCAAUUGGGCUUUAGCAAAAUUCAGCAGUCUAAAUCAAUUGUAAGAAUUCUAUUUACACCAUAAUAGUAUGGCAUACAAAAUGCAAAAAUGGAAGAAGUAGAUUACUUUUCUAAAUUCUUGAGCAUAGUUACAACUAAAUAACAAUAAUUCCAAGAAUAAAGAAUCAAUAACAUGAGAAACUAUGAGGAUAGAAACUAUGAUGAGACUUCGAAUUAAUUUUAAAAUUAUUCUUAAUAAUAAUAAUAACCUCAAUAAUAAAUUCCUUAAUAAUAAUAAUCUUAAUAAGUUUAAUCAGUGUAAUAAUAAUCCUAAUAGUCAUAUUAACAAGAACAAUAAUUCUACGAUUACUCAUCAUCAGACAUUGUUAGCCAAAGACUAAAUUAAAUAAGAACUAAAGAUAAAGUGGAAUUAAACUUUGCCCCCUUACAAGAACAACAAUUCUAAUUUUCAUUUGCUCCCAUCUUCUAUCCCCAAUAAGAUGUCCAAUAGCAAGAGGUCCCCAUUAAUUCAUAACAAUAACCUUAAUCAGAACCCUAACAAGAGCCAAUAUAAGUAGAACAGCCAUUAGAGUAACAUGAUGUAGGAUAGCCGAUUGAAUAAACAGAUUAGAGAUAGGCAAGAGAGACAGAAUCCAAUAAGGAGAACUCUGUUGAGAAAAACCAUGGGAGAAAGUAUGAUGAAGGAAGAACUGAAAAUUACCAGAAACCUUAUUAUCAAAAUAGAUAUCAAGUACUUAUGAAUAAUAAUAUGUAGCAAAAGAGGAGACCAAAUAACGAAUCAUACUAGCAUCCCAAUAAAUACUAUGACAACUCCUACAAUAGGAAACCAUAACAACAUUACAGUAAUAUUGAAUCACUAAUUAGUUCAGAUAGAUUGGAAAAUGAUUUGAGAGAGUUUACGGGAUAUAAAAAAUAUUAAUAGAGGCCCCAGAAGGAGUAUUAUGAACCAAAGAGAGAAUCUUGA